CCGGCCCGCCCCUUCCCGCGGGCGCCGGACGCGGAGGCCGGGCCGUGGCCUGGAGCCGGAGCCGGAGCCGAAGCCGGGGCGGGAGGUGAGGCUACGAACGCGGCGUUUUACCACUUCUUGGAUGCUGUUGCUUUUCACGGGUUGUAAUGGAUUUAGACAGAAGCAAAAUGAACGAACACCCGAAAAAGAGGAAAAGAAAGACUUUGCAUCCGUCACGGUACUCAGAUUCUUCAGGUGUAAAUAAAUACAUAGACAACAGUGGGAUUUUUUCUGAUCACUGUUACAGUGUCUGUUCUAUGAAGCAGCCAGACAUAAAAUUUUCUGAAAACAGAGGAAGAUACCAUGGUCCAGCACAGAACCACGAUACGGAUGAUGAUGGCAGCCCAGUACAUGCUGGGACAUCGCACUGGAGUGGGACCCAGUCAAAUAUCAUGGGGUUGCAUUUUAUAGAUUCAAGGAAGAAAGAAAAAGCUGCUAAUGGAAUCUGUAAAGAUAUGUGCGAGUCUCCUAUAUUCAGUGACAGCCCAACUGAAGAGGAGAAACCCCUUGAUAUUCAAACAGUAGAAAUUUCUACUACAGAAGUUAAUGCCAUAGAAGUUCAUGAUAUAGAAACACAAACCAUUUCACCUGAGAAGCUAGAAGCCGAAGACACUGAGGAAAUACCUGUUGAAAGCUGCAAACUGUUUGAGAAGAACCAGGCUUUGAAUAUCACUGCUCAACAGAAGUGGCCUUUAUUACGAGCCAACAGCAGUGGCCUGUACAAGUGUGAGCUGUGUGAGUUUAAUAGCAAGUACUUUUCUGAUUUAAAACAGCAUAUGAUCCUGAAACACAAGACAUGCACAGACACAAAUGUUUGUAGAGUAUGUAAAGAGAGUUUCUCUAGCAAAGUGCUGCUGAUUGAGCAUGUCAAAAUACAUGAGGAAGACCCCUACAUAUGUAAAUACUGUGACUACAAAACAGUGAUAUUUGAGAACCUCAGUCAGCACAUAGCAGAUACGCAUUUCAAUGAUCACCUUUAUUGGUGCGAGCAGUGUGACGUGCAAUUCUCUUCAAGCAGCGAGCUGUAUCUGCACUUCCAGGAACACAGCUGUGACGAACAGUAUCUGUGUCAGUUUUGUGAACAUGAAACCAAUGAUCCAGAAGACUUGCACAGCCAUGUGGUAAAUGAGCAUGCGUGUAGGUUAAUUGAGCUAAGUGAUAACUAUAACAACAAGGAGCGUGGACAAUACAGCCUCAUAAACAAAAUUAGCUUUGAUAAGUGCAAAAACUUUUUUGUAUGCCAAGUAUGUGGUUUUAGGAGUAGGCUGCAUACAAAUGUCAACAGGCAUGUAGCUAUUGAACACACCAAAAUAUACCCCCAUGUUUGUGAUGAAUGUGGAAAAGGCUUUUCAGGUAUGUUGGAGUACUGCAAGCAUUUAAAUUCUCAUCUAUCUGAAGGGAUUUAUUUGUGUCAGUACUGUGAAUAUUCGACGGGGCAGAUCGAAGACCUUAAAACUCAUUUAGAUUUUAGGCAUUCGGCAGACUUGCCUCACAAAUGCACCGAUUGCUUAAUGAGGUUUGGAAAUGAAAAAGAUCUUCUAAGUCACCUUCAGAUACAUGAGACAUCUUGAUGGUUUUAUUUUGCAUUGUUAUCAACUUAUUAGAAUUAAUGUAAUUUCCAGUGGGUCAUUAUAAUGUGAUAUUAAAUACAGUUUUCAUAGAGAUUCCAUAGUGGCUAAUUUUUAAUUACUCGUAUACUUGGUGUUGGGAAUUUUAGAUUGGCAGUAAAUAACCAUAAGUAUAAUGUGAUUGUUCAGUCAUUAGCAGAGCAAUUUAAAGGGCCCUCCUAUCUGAUAACAUUCAGUAGCACUUGUAUUUGACAUGAAGGGGAAGAUGGUUUUGUCUAGGUCAGAAAAAUGGGUGAGAAAACUAACUUCUACUUUUACACUUUUAAACAUCUUUAAUAUUAUUGUUUAGCAAACAGGGCUGUUUGUUUUCAACUGGAAACCCCAGUUUACUUUAUGGCAGCCAGGUGAGUAUGUUCAUCUUCAGCAAACUGCACUGACUGCUGGAGACAACCAUGCUCCAAAAAUGGCAUUUUGGCAGAUACUCCUAGCAAUCCUUUUCACCAGUCUACAAUUCCAUAUUACUCCUGCCGCCUUCUCGCUGCCAAGUCCUCCCACUCCCUACACUAUAAGUCCCUAAACUUGACCUGUCUUGCAUGUUGUGCUACCCCUACUCUGUUAGCACCCCCAUCCAACUGUUCAGUCCCAACUGAACUUAUUGAACAGUGCAACUGUUCGAUAGCCAUUUCAGUCCCCUGAGAAAUGUCACGAUUUCCUGCCAUCUGCUACAGGCCUCCACAUUUUUUAAUGCAUCUUUUUAUUAUUUUCUAUAGUUUCCUUUUCUUUGAGAUGCACCUAUUGACAGGUGUCACCUAUGUGGAGGUGUGAUGAUGGAAGUAGCUUUAGGGAUCCAGUUAACAGUGUACCCAGAGGUGUAAUCUUUGUAGGUACAAGGGGCCUAAUUCAGCUGUCAGUGAAAUGGGGUAUGUCCCCGACCUCAUUAAGAGCAAGACUGAGCCAUAAUUACCUUUAUGGUUAGCAUUACAUGACUAAGAGCUAAGGUAAUUUGCCUUAUUCUCAUCCCAUGAAUUCCAAACUUUCUCUCCCGUGUGCAUGUCCAAGUGUCUAGUGUGGUGUAUAAUAAAUUAAAAUAAUUGUAAUCCUUUUCCAAACUUUUCACCCACCCGUUCAGAUUGGAUACUGCCAAUGUCAUGCUAUCCUCUUUAAAAAGGAGUAUGUAUUCGUAAGGUGCUGUUUCUUUGCCAGGUUUCUGGCUGAUCAACAUUUAGACCUGAAAUAAGAGGUGUUUAGAUUCUGAUAGCUAUAAAGGUGAAAUAGCCAGUAAGUAAGUAGGAGUUUACAUUUGUCUGUAUUGACUGUAAAGUUGUAAUGUAUGAAAUUGUCCAAUAUAAGCUUUGUAUAAACAUAAUUCAUGUACAAGUAUUUCUGUGGAGCUAUGAGAAUGAGAUCUGUGUUAAUAGCUCAGCACAAAAUUUUCAAGUUCUGUGUACUGAAUUCAUAAAGCUAAAGAUAAAAUUUGGUCCUGUA